GGCCCAGACAUCGCGGAGAGAGCCAGUCUCCAGUGGCUCUGGCUUGUCCGUGCCAGGGCGAUGCGGCUGCAGGUUCUCGUGGAUCAGUUCUACACUCAGGGCAAGCUCGGGAAGCUGUUCCCAGGAGAGGAGAUACGUCAGAGAUUGCUGGAGGACCCCAAGAUGGUGGAUCAGCUCCACGAGUACCGGGCCCCGAUGACGAAGCCCUUGGCGGACGGCUCGGCGCCCUGGACGCAGUGCGCACACCGCCCCAGGUGGUUCGCGAUCUUCUACAACCAGCACGGGAACCGAGAGCAGUGCAGCAAGUGCAGGGCGAGGUCGUCCUACCAGGAGGUCGGGUUCCGCGGGGUCGGCCACCAGCAGACGACGGCGUCGGAGUUGCGGAAGAUCGACAAGCACCAGCUUCCUCGCGACGUCAGGCACGUGGCGACGGCGCCGAACGACGAGAACACGUGGUCCAGUUUCAACAUGGAGCCUCCACCUCCGUGGGCCAUGGAGAUGAUGAGGGGGCUCUCUGCAGCAGUGACCGAAGCGAUGUCAGCGUCCACGGGGCCGAUGACGGAGGCGCUGCGCCAGCAAUCUGCGACGCUCUCGCACAUGAUGAACACGAUGCAGCAGAUGGGGUCAGAGUCUGCGGCCGCCGGGAGGGGCUCGGCACUCGGACCUCCGGCGUCAACCGGAGGUUCGCCGCCGACAGCAGCCGGGACAUCAAUCGACCGCGGAUUCACCGUGGUGGAGCCCCCAGCGGACAACGACACGAAGGACAUCUGA